ACUUCCCUCUCUCUGAGCUCGAGCCCCGAGGGAGGGCAGCCCGUCCGAAACUUCCGUGUGCAGACAAGCAGCCACCGACCCCUCGCGAGCGCUGAGUAUCGAAAAGCCAGCCAACAUGCGCGUGAUCCCAGAGGAAUUAACGAGCCUCGUCGCAGACCUGGAGGUGUUUCUGGGUGAUGGCCUGAAGGGGGAGACCUUGAGCAAGAAGAACAAGGAGAAGAGAGAACAGCUGAUCAAACGCAUCAGAGACCUCAAGAACAGCUACUCUGCGGAGUUCAAAGACAGACGGGAUGUUGAUGAGUCUGAUGAAGCUGAUGACUUUGACAACAGCAGUCCUGAUGUGAGCUCCUUACACUCUGAACGGACCGACAGAGAUGAAGACUCCGCUUACGACGGUGGUCAGCAUGCUCCCUCCAUGGCUGCGUUGGAUCUGCCGAUGGUCUUCAAGGCCGGAUACCUGGAGAAGCGCAGGAAAGACCACAGCUUCUUUGGGGCGGAGUGGCAGAAGCGUUGGUGUGCCCUCAGUAACCUGACCUUCUAUUACUACGGCAGCGAGAAAGAUAAGGUCCAGAAGGGUGAUUUCAGUAUUGAAGGCUACAGUGUGAAGCCGAACAACACACUCCGUAAAGACUCCAAGAAGGACUGCUGCUUCGAGAUCUCCGCGCCCGACAAGAGAGUCUAUCAGUUCUGUGCAGGUUCUCAGAGGGAGGCUGAGGAUUGGGUUGAGAGGAUCACCUUCGUACUGAGAGAUAUGGAGUCUGGUAUCAUUCCUGAGGAGCAAGAGACCUAUGACGACGUGGGAGUGCUGGACACACACCCACACACACAUGCUCACACACACAAACUCUCCCACCCACACACACUCCCCCACUCCGCACCCGCGCCGGAGCCCAUUGAUGAGGAGAUCUACGAGGAACUGCCAGAGGAGGAUGAGAUGCCUGCCCCUCCCCCUGCACCUGUGGCCCCCAAACCAUCCGAGCUGAAGAAACCCCCGAUACACACACCACCCAGCAACCCAGUGAGUAAGGCGUGUGACUAUCCUAACUACUACCAGGGCAUGUGGGACUGCACUGGAGAGAAGCCAGAUGAGCUGACCUUCAGAAGAGGAGACACCAUCUAUAUACUGAGCAGGGUGUAUCAAGAGUACGGUUGGUGGGUCGGUGAGCUGAAGGGUUCCAUUGGCAUCGUCCCCAAAGAUUACCUGAUGGAACUAUACGCAUGCUAACAGGUUGGUCCUUGUCAUCAGGCUUCAAGUGCAGAUGCUUCAGCUUCAAGCCCCCCCCCCCCCACACACACACACACACACUCACUCACUCACUC